UGUUUGAGAACAAGUUGACUUAGACGAGUCUUCUUGGCAAUACAAGACGGGAGCAUAAAUAUCCAUCCUCUACCCUGGAAAUUAAAUUAAUACACCCUCUUCAAAAAUUAGAUCACUCCUUUUUCUCUGCUAUAGCCAGAAAUGGUUCUGAAACGUGUUUAUAUGGUCAUUUUGUUGAUAUGGUGCAUAUAUCCAUUAGAAUCUGUAAUACCGCCGCAUCGGUAUCGGAAUCAGAAUCAGACGAUAGCACGACACGGUUGCAAUCCAAAAUGUGGAAAUGUUUCUGUUUUUUUCCCUUUCGGAAUGGACGAUCCCAAAUGCUAUGCAAGCAAGCCGUUUGAAAUAGAAUGCAGACACAAUAACAAUACUUCUCAAGGUCAUCGGAAACCCGUACCCUACCUCAAGUAUAUAAGUUUGGAGGUAAUGUACAUUGAUAUUCAAGACGGUACGGUUGGGAUCAAGAAUCCGAUUUUCCAUCUUGGUUGUGGCAAGACAAUUACAGGCAUAAAUCUGGAAGGCAGUCCUUUCGUGUAUUCCCAGAAUUACAACUCAUUUGUCGGCGUAGGUUGCCAAAACGCCGCCAUAUUGUCGUCAAACGACACGAUACUUACAGCCUGUGUGUCGAUGUGUUACGACGACCUCGAAAAAGGCAAUGACAUCGACAUUUCGAGUUGUCGUGGCUCCUACUGCUGCGAGACUUCACUGCCGCCGUAUCUUUCAGCAUACAACAUCUCAACUGAAACCGUGGAAGUGAAAAGUAAUAUCAAAGCAGAAUGCUCAAAUUACUUGCUGAUUAGAGCAGAAUAUAGUAACUUCAAGUACGUGUACGAUGAGUACAAUUCCAGUUACUGGGUUCCCAUUCUUGGGGACCUAAAGAAACAAAAAGAUGUUCCUGCGGUGCUUGAAUGGGAGAUUCCGAUUCACACGCCCAACAAUUCCUUCCCUGAAUUCCGUACAGAUGGCAGCUACAACUGCAGUUACACUAAUGUCACAUCUUCACUAUAUUCACAAUCGGGUUGGAGAUGUUCUUGCAGAGAUGGCUUCGAGGGAAAUCCCUACAUACAAGAAGGCUGUAAAUUUGUAGCUACGGGGGAUUCCGAGCUUCGAGACAAAAGGAAAACUCGAGAAAAGUGGGCCAUAAUAGGAGUUUCUUCAAGCCUCGGAACCAUCAUUUUACUCCUCGGUUUGUGGUGGUUGAACAAAGUUGUAAGGAAAAAUAUAGAAAAGAAACGCAAGGAAAAAUUCUUCAAACAAAAUGGAGGAUUGUUGUUAAAACAAAGACUCUCUUCAGGAGAAGCCAAUGUUGACAAAAUUAAACUCUUUACUCUAAAGGACUUAGACAAGGCCACUGAUCACUUUAAUAUAAAUAGAGUACUAGGAAAGGGAGGCCAAGGUACCGUUUACAAAGGGAUGCUAGUAGAUGGAAAUAUUGUUGCAGUGAAAAAAUUUAAGGUCAACGGAAAUGUUGAAGAAUUCAUCAAUGAAUUUGUGAUUCUUUCACAAAUUAACCAUAGAAAUGUGGUUAAGUUGUUAGGAUGUUGUUUGGAGACUGAAAUCCCAUUGCUUGUUUAUGAAUUCAUUCCCAAUGGUAACCUUUAUGAAUAUUUACUUGGACAAAAUGAUGACUUACCAAUGACAUGGGAUAUGCGUUUGAGAAUUGCCACUGAAGUUGCUGGAGCUCUAUUUUACUUGCACUCAGCUGCUUCUCAACCCAUUUAUCACAGAGACAUCAAGUCAAGAAAUAUACUAUUGGAUGGGAAGUAUAAAGCAAAAGUAGCAGACUUUGGUGCAUCAAGAAUGGUUUCCAUUGAAGCCACUCACCUCACUACUGCAGUUCAAGGAACUUUUGGAUACAUGGACCCUGAAUAUUUCCAUACUAGUCAAUUAACAGAUAAAAGUGAUGUCUACAGCUUUGGAGUGGUUCUUAUUGAACUUUUAACUGGGAAAGAGCCAAUAUCUUCUGCAAAACAACAAGAGCUUAGAAGUUUGGCUUCAUAUUUCCUUCUCUGUAUGGAGGAAAAUCGUCUUUUUGAUAUUAUUGAUGAAAGAAUCGUGAAGGAAGCGGAAAAAGAACACAUUGUUGUUGUUGCCAAUCUUGCAAGAAGAUGCUUAGAGUUGAAAGGGAAAAGACGACCAACUAUGAAAGAAGUCACAUCAGAAUUGGAAAGUAUCCAAAAAUCAAGAAAACAGUCUGCUUCACAAGAACAACAUGAUGCUGGAAUUGAUGAGUGCCAAUUUUGGUCUGUGAUUUCUCCAACUUCAAAUUUGGGGGAAACUUCGGAUAGCAAAGCAUCAACCUUGGAGAUUAUGCCUACUCAUCCUAAUCAUUGAACAAUUCUCUUAACUUGUUUGUAUUGUGUGUAAAAUAUAUACCGAUUUGGUUAUUAGACACAUGCAAGAAUGUACGUACCUUUUAUAAUACUCUUUUUGUCUUUAAAUAUAACACUUUUUUGAAAAAAAUUGAUGAUUUUUA